GAAAAGAAAUCCGCGUGAGAGUGGAGGAGACUCUUGUGGCCGAUGAUCACGACGACGACGACGACGAUGACGAUGACGAUGACGCUGACGAUGAAACCCUAGGAGCGAGAAACCCUAAGAGAGAGAGAGAGAGAGAGAUCCAAAACCCUAGCUCUCCUCCUCCUCCUCCCUCCGCGAAACCCUACAGUUUCCGAUCUCAGGUGCGUUGUGACCCCUCCUCCUCCGCCGCCAUGUUCGACGAGUCCGAUCCCUCCAAGGAUCACCCCGAUCCGGCACCAUCGAACCCUAAGCCUCUCGAUCUCGACAAGAGCGCCGCCGCCGCCGCCGCGGCCAUUAAGGGCGGGAGCUCGGCCCCGCAAGAGCUCACCCUCUCCUACCUCUGCGAAAACCCUAAGCUGACCCUCCAAGACAAGGACCAGCCUGAUCCCUUCGCAGCCAUGGAGCGGCCGCGCGCGAGCAACAAGGGCAAGGAGAUCGCCGCCGCGGCCGCCGCCGCGUCGGAGGGCUCUCCGGGCGAUGACGACCGCCGGUGGGUCGAGCGCGACUUCCUCCAGCUCGCCGGCGGGAAGCGGGAGGCCCCGCCGGACCGCGCGGACGCGGAGGGCGGCGGCGCCGGACGCGAGAAGAAGGUGAAGGUCGAAACCCUAAGCCUCUCCCUCGGCCCCCCGAAUCUCUCCCUCUCUCUCAAGCCGUCGGCGAACCCAGUCGCCUCGUCGAACACCUUGGCCGCAGCCCCUGGAGCCGCCGCAGCCGCCCCUACCCCCGCUGUUCCGAGCUCCGUCGUCGCUCCGCUGAAGAGGACCUACAGUUCUAAUACGAGGACCACGAACUCCGACGAUUACGGCGCCGCGUCUUUCUCGUACUCGUACUCCAUUCCCUUCUCCCACAACCCUAGUUGCUCUCUCACUCGGAAUUCCACUGAAAAUUAUGAUUUUUCCCGCGAGAAUGACCAGAUGUGGUAUGCAGGGGAGGGGACUAAUGGGUCGGUUCAUAGUAGAUUCAAGCCCGUCGGCGAUGGCCACAACGUCGCAUUUACGAACCCUAGUGGGUUUUCUCAUGUCAACAACAAGGAAUUGAACAAUAGCCUUCACAGAGGGCAUAACAGCUCGGAUAACGUCUCCUUCUUCCCUUCCGAAUUGCCUGCGAGGCCGCCCGUGAAAAUUAAUGGGGUUUUGAGCUCGGAUAGUGGGAGAAAUGCUAUUCUUCCGAGGACAGAUAGGCUGCUGAGGGAAAUUGUAUCAGAGUCUAUUCCCGUCAUGGCGCAAAUUCUUCAAGAGUUACCGGCAGAAUCAUUAGAAGCUUUGAGAGAAGCGCUGAGGAAUCUAAUCGAUUCGCCGGAGAGGAAGGACGAUUGCGCCAGGCUGCAGAGGCGGCUCGAGCAGCGGUCGGAUUUGACCUUCGAGAUGCUCUCAAAAUCCAACCGGGCGCAGCUAGAGAUCUUGGUUGCAAUCAAGACGGGCGUCACAGACUUUGUCUCGGGAAAAGUUCGCGUCCCUUCGAAUGAACUGGUCGAGAUUUUCUUGCUCAUGCGGUGCAAGAACUUGGAUUGCAAGAACUUAUUACCUGUAGAUGAUUGCGAUUGCAAUAUUUGUUCCAGUAAAAAGGGAUUUUGCAGUACUUGCAUGUGCCCAAUCUGCCUUAGGUUCGAUUGUGCGUCGAAUACAUGCAGUUGGGUCGGAUGCGACGUUUGUUCCCAUUGGUGCCAUGCUGUUUGUGGGCUUGAAAAGAACCUAAUUCGGCCUGGCCCAACCCGUAAGGGGCCGAUGGGCACGUCCGAAAUGCAGUUCCAUUGCCUGGGUUGUGGACAUGCUUCUGAAAUGUUUGGGUUUGUGAAGGAAGUCUUUACUUGUUGUGCUAAGCAGUGGGGUCUCGAGACCUUGGUGAAAGAACUAGGCUAUGUGAGGAAAAUCUUUCGUGCUAGCGAGGAUUUUGAAGGGAAAGGGCUUCAUGGAAAAUCUGAGGAGAUCCUGAACAUGCUCGGCAAGAAUAUGAUCUCGCCUCCAGAUGCGUGUAACAGCAUGCUACAUUUUUUCAAAUAUGGAGUUACAGAGUUCUCUGUCACUGGUAGCACAUCUAAAAAUACCAUAGCAGCUCAAGCAAGUCAACUCGCAGAUAUCCUUCCUCUUCAAACACCAGUGACUACCCCACCAAAAUCUGCUUUCAAUUUUAAACCUACCAGUUCUGUAUUAAACAACCCAAUCGACGUCCUAAAAUGUGACCCCAAACCUCAUUCGAUCGAGUCCCACUUCACUCCAUCAAAGGAAGAUGACUUCCGGAGCUUGGAAACCAUAGUAAAGUUCAAGGAAGCAGAAGCCAAGCUCUUCCAGCGGCUGGCUGAUGAUGCCCGGAGGGAGGUGGAGAACUACCGCCAGAUUGUGCGGGCCAACUCUGAGAAGCUUGAGGAGGAGUAUGCAGCUAAGCUCGCGAAACUCUGCUUCCAGGAGACUGAGGAGAAGCGGAGGAAGAAGGUCGAGGAGCUUAAGCUGCUCGAGAACUCCCAAUGCGAUUACCACAAGAUGAAGAUGAGGAUGCAGGAAGAGAUUGCAAGAUUGCUCGAAAGGAUGGAGGCCACAAAGAAAAUGUGGGUAUAGAGGUAUAACCUUCAUUGAUGCUUGUGAUGGUAAUGUUUUACUGUAUCUCUUUUUUCGCCUGUAACAAUUAGUUAGCAUAAACAAAUUCAAUGCUAUAUGUGUUAUUGUGUAUUCUCUAUGCUUUGUUGUUUGUGUUCAAGUGGUAAACAUAGAUAUCUGAACUUUCCAACUUGAGUGCUAUGUAUUUGAUGACGACAGUUAACACUCGUAAUUUAUGAUAUUUGAACAAUGUUUAUGAUGUA